UGAAGAAGCUAUUCCGAUUCAAACUGAAUCUGGUGUUGUGACUUCAUCUACAAGACAACAAAUAGAGAGUGAUGAAGAACUAGCAAGGCGCUUGGCUGCUGAAGCUGACAAGGAGUUGCCGGUAAUUAAAGAAAAGAUAAUUCAAGCUGCAGACACUACAAAAAAAAAGGUGAAAGAAUGGUAUGAAAAGUUUAGACAACAACAUUCUUCACCAAAGAACGAAGAUCAAUAUUCAAGCGCACAAUAUACAAAUCUACCAAGAGACGAGGCUGAUAAUCCCAUGCUUGGUGAAGAUUUUUCCGAAUCAAUGAAUCUUCAUAAGAAUAAUUA